GACAGAGACUUGCACACGAUGGAAGAAGAUCGGAGGGAGGGGAGAGGGAGGAGGGCCUGGCGCACCAGUUUCCGCGUUCCAGCGGCGCACAAGCGCGCCACGGCUCGCACACACAUACAUACACACACACAUACGCGCACGUAACCACGAACACGAGCGAGACCCGUGUCUCACCAGGCUGGCUUCAGUAAGCUCGGAGCUUUCGAACGGUCCAGUCGCCUUCCCCGCGCUCCGUACCUCCUCGCCUCCUUUUGUCAUCCAAUCGUACGUACGUACGUACGUACUAUCGACAUGUGCGUGACGAACAUCCAGCCAAUCCCGAUUCGUCGUUCGCUCGCUGUAUUCGCGUUGUAGCACGCGUUCUCGCGGAAGAUCGGGACGUAUCCUAAUAUAUUGGCAUAAAAUAAUAUAAUUUUUAAACAUUCGAGUGAAAAACUUGGAGUUUUUAUCGAGUUAUCGCCAAUGGAUAAGAUCGGGAACGGAUGGAUCAGGUUGACCGACGACCGUGCAACCUCUUCCCGUGUAACCUCUUUUAACCUAUGCGUUAACCGACUCGGCUAUUUCGAUUAUCGAGAAUUGAGGAAAGAGGAGGAGGUCGAUUUCUUGGUUCGAUUUUAACCGUGCUUGCCAAGCAAUAUAAAUAGACGGACGCGACUUGUGCGCGGCUUUUUUAUAUCCAGGAUUCGAUACAUAUGUAUAUAUACAUAUAUAUGAAUGGAUAAAUAAAUUAUCGCGUGGAGCGAUGUUUUUAAAUCGGGUGAAAAGUUAAUUGGUGAAGUUUAGUUGGAUGAAAGGGAGGACGGUGAGAGGGAGCGUGGCUUGGAUAGAUUGUCGCAUUGGACGAGCUUAGUGUCGGGCUGGUGGCACUGUUCCGGGAGCACCGGCGGCGGGAUCAUGAGGAGCAGCAGGACGAGCAGCGUGCACGGUGGAACGAGGACCGCCUCGAGAUCGAUUCGAAGGCUGUGCGAUCAGCUCGAUUCUUAUAACGGAAGGAUAGCCAAGCGGAGUGUGCGCAGAGAAUCGGCGAGAAAGGCUCUCCGUGUAUUUUGGACUCGAGAGGCCGUAAAGUUUUAACAAAAGCGAAGGGGUCACAAUGCGAAGUGUCCUCUCACCUCGUUCUCCCGAGGGCACCGCGUGUUAGAGCAACUUGCACACCGUCGUGCUCAAUGUUAAUUAAUUCAGACGUAAGAUGAUAUGGAGACUGAAGACGAAGUGGACGAAGAGCUGCCGGGGGUGAAACGCACGGAGGUGAACCGGAACGAUAAUAUAAAGAGGCUCGAGACGAUGAAAAUUUCAACGAAACCAAUGUCCUCGAAGACGGUAGAGCGAAGUGAGUGCCAGCUGGUGCGCUCACCGAAUCCAGAGGAACCGGAACUCGUCGUUCCGUACACGAAUCCUGGCAAAACGAAAACGCAAGAAGAAUCAAAAUUACCUUUAAGCAUCAGCAUCAAGACUGACACGAAGGACAGUGAAAUAGUGAAGUUAUGUAGAAGCAAGAGGAUCACUUGUCAGGAUACCAUACACGAGUACGACGAGGAUGAUGGACUCACUAUGGAAAAAGUUGGAAGAUACCUCGAAGCGCAUCCGGACGCUGCAGAGGCCUGGUUCCGUGAAAACGCGAGCCUCGACCUUCGUCAAAGGCUUCAAGGUAUGGCCGUGGUUCAAGCGAAAUCACCGUUGAAAAAUAUACAUCAGGAGGAGAAUCUCCUGAGCAGAAGCAAACGUAACAGCGUGACAUCUGAUCUGUUCCAAAGCUGGCUGGCUUCCAGUUCACCAGCCAAGCGCAGUAAAAGUCCCAGCAGGAUGUAUACCUCGUUGGUAGGACGAAGAGAAGAGCUCAACAGGUUGGAUGAAAGUGAUUUGUUCAUGGAGUUGAUCAGAGACGUGGCAAAUGAAUUGGAUAUCAAUGUUCUCUGUCACAAAAUUUUGGUAAACGUCGGCCUGCUUACACACGCCGAUCGUGGAAGUCUUUUUUUGGCUAAAGGGCCUUUGGAAGAUAGAUAUUUGGUUGCAAAACUGUUCGAUGUUACACAAGACACUGAAUUGGAGGAAGCCAUUCAAAAAGCGAAGAACGAAGAGAUCAAGAUUCCUUUUGGAGUUGGAAUAGCUGGCUACGUGGCUCAAACUAAAGAAAUUAUCAACAUCAAAGAUGCAUACAAGGAUCCAAGGUUCAAUAGCUCUAUUGACAUGAGAACUGGCUAUAAAACUACGUUAAUUUUAUCCAUGCCUAUAUGUAAUUACGAAGGAGACGUGAUUGGAGUUGCUCAAAUUAUAAAUAAGACUAAUGGUAGCAAUGAGUUUACUGAUAGAGACGUCGAGGUGUUCCAGAGGUACUUAACAUUUUGCGGGAUUGGGAUACAAAAUGCGCAAUUAUUCGAGCUCUCCGUGCAAGAAUAUCGCAGGAACCAGAUUCUUCUAAACUUAGCCAGAAACAUAUUCGAAGAGCAGAACAAUCUCGAGUGUCUGGUCACGAAGAUCAUGACUGAAGCGAAGGAACUUCUAAAAUGCGAAAGAUGCGCCGUGUAUCUUCUGGAUCUUGACUGCGGCGAGGCAGGACACCUCGAAAAAAUCGUCGAACGGCCGGGAAAAUCGAUGCAAGAGAGCCGGAAACCGCUUUCGAGGAGAGAGAGUAACAACAUCGAGAUGGAGGAUAUUUUCCAACAGCAUGCGACGAACGAUGGAAAUAAAUUCACCACGAUCUUCGAGAUGGACAACGAAACACAGAAAGCCAAAGUGUACAGACCCAGUGCAAGUGAUUUAUCGAAUCCAUUGAGCCAAAUUGCGAGGUACGUCGCAGCUACGGGUCAAAUUUUGAACAUCGGUGACGUGACCACGUGGCUGAAGAAGGACGUCGUUCAGGCCGGAAGCGACCCUAUCAAGAGCAUUCUCUGCAUGCCUAUAGUUAAUGGACAGAGAAACGUGAUCGGUGUUGCUCAAUUAAUCAACAAGGAUAAUGGAACAUCAUUCACGGAUUCCGACGUAUCGAUUUUCGAAGCUUUCGCCAUUUUUUGCGGCCUUGGUAUUCAUAAUACCCAAAUGUACGAGUCAGCAUGCAAGCUGAUGGCCAAACAAAAGGUUGCUCUCGAAUGUCUGAGUUAUCACGCGACGGCAAGCAACGACGAUACGUUAAAAUUAACCUCAGAACCGAUACCGUCCGCGGAAUCCUACAAUCUGUACAGUUUCACAUUUAUCGACUUCGAUUUGACCGAUGAGGACACUUGUAGAGCUACCAUUAGGAUGUUCAAACAAUGCGAUCUGAUACAAAAAUUUCAUAUCCCUUACGAAGUUCUAUGCAGAUGGAUUCUCAGUGUAAAGAAGAAUUAUAGGCCAGUCAAGUACCACAAUUGGAGACACGCACUGAACGUUGCCCAGACCAUGUUCGCCAUGCUUAAAACCGGCAAGAUGGAGCAGUUCAUGACCGAUCUUGAAAUUCUUGGACUCUUGGUCGCCUGUUUGUGCCAUGAUUUAGAUCAUCGAGGAACCAAUAACGCGUUUCAAAUGAAGACAGAAUCACCAUUGGCCAUUCUUUAUUCGACCAGCACUAUGGAACAUCAUCAUUUUGAUCAGUGUGUCAUGAUCCUGAAUUCGGAUAGUAAUAACAUCUUCCAGAGUUUGUCUAUGGAGGACUAUAGAAGAGUGAUGAAGGUGGUCGAGAGUGCUAUACUUUCCACAGAUUUGGCGGUUUAUUUCAAAAAGAAGAACAAGUUCAUGGAACUGAUUGAUGAGGGCGAGUUUGAUUGGCAGAGUGAAGAAAAGAAAGAACUAUUAUGCGGAAUGAUGAUGACGGCCUGCGACGUGAGCGCCAUAGCAAAACCCUGGGAGGUACAACACAGGGUGGCCAAGCUAGUCGCCGACGAAUUCUUCGAUCAGGGUGAUCUGGAACGUCUCCAACUGAACCAACAACCAGUGGCCAUGAUGGAUCGCGAAAGGAAGGACGAACUUCCUCAAAUGCAAGUCGGUUUCAUCGACGUCAUAUGUCUGCCUCUCUACAAAGUUCUCUCCGACACUUUCCCAUGGAUCAUGCCACUCUACGAGGGCACCAUGGAGAACAGACAACACUGGCAAGAUCUAGCUGAAAAAGUCGAAAUGGGUCUGACCUGGAUAGAUCGUGACACCAUCGACGAACCAGUCGAAGAAUUCAUCUCCUAUGAACGCAAAGACAUCGAAUUCACGGUCACAACCUUGAACUGCAUGGACAAAAAAGAAGUCCCUGAGAAAUCCGCGUUGAGCAGACUUAUCUCUCUAAGGAAAGGUGGUCCUACUCUAGGCAAAGAUGUAAGACACAAACUUAGCAGGCCACUUUACACGAGAAACGCUCCAGAGGACGCUGCCAAAUCCAAGGCCCUGAUCCCUGACAGGAAGAGUAGAAAUAAAUUGUGUUUGCUCAUUUGACGGCUUACGUCCACCACUCUUGAGAGCAUACCUGAAUGAUGAAAAGGAAGAUGAGAGAUCUCAUGGAGAAAUUUGUGUGAUUAGCAUCUGAUGCAAAUAUGUUAUUGCCUACUGGUUAGCUAACUUUAUAAGGUUGUAACUAGUAAAGAUCAAAGUGGAUUGGAAAGAAGGAUUACCUGUACUGUGAGAUUCAUCAGGAAGAUUUCAAAGGAUGUAAAUUCAUGGGAAGUACAAUGACUGUACAGUGAAGAGGAAAGUGCAUCCGAGUUGCAGCUUGGAAUGAGUCGAUAAUGAAAUGAUACAAGGUGUGAUUUAUCUACUGUGAUUGCUGUCCAUCUGCCUAGAAAAUCAAAAGUCAAGAAAGUGAAAUCAAACGUUUGUUCGAAUAAACGAAGAUACAUUUAAGGGUCAUCGAAUCGAAGGCUGAAAGAUUUUGCAGAUUUUAAUCCCAAGACUGUCGUCGAGUCUUUAGAAAACACGUUAGACGAUUAGUCAAUGGCUAGUUAGUUAGACUGGCGAUAAGUUAGGCGACCUUUGUCGAAUUUUACCGUGGAGGAGAGAAAGAGAAGAAAAAAGAAAGAGAAAUUGAAAGAGUAAUGUCAGCGAUGGUUGCACGGAUUCAAUUUUGACAAUCUUUUUUGUAUUACAUCUCGAUACGUUAAUUAGGAUAAUCCGAUGGAUAAAACUGGUGAAAAAUAAAAUAAAAUGGAUAUCGAAAUUUUUGAAAAAAAAAAUACAGCCGAAAGAUGGGCAUUUUUAUAUAUUAAUGAAAAAAGGAAGAAGAAAAAUAAAGAAAAAUAUGAUGCAAAUUUAUAAAAAAAAAAAAGAAAAAAAAAAAAAAAAGAGUAUAAAACUCUUGGACUCUCGAUGAUACAUCGUAUUUCUAUCCCACUCGUUUCCAAGAUGACGCGUGGAAUCAAUCGACGACAUUAACGAAUGAUAACCAAGGUAAAUCAAUGCCUAUUAAAUUAACGAUUUCGUUGCAUCAUUCAAGCCAAUCCAAAAAUUGCGUCUCUGACGCAGAAAAUGAUCACGCGAUCUCGCAUUCUUGGAAUUAAAAGAUGUUAUUUUGUUUCUCUAUCUUUUUUUUCUUUUUUUUUUUUUUUUUUCCUCUUUUUCUCUUCUUCUUUCUUUACACGGAUCUUUACAGAAAUUGACGUAUUCUUUUUUUUUUUUUUCUAUUUUUCUGUUAUUUGAUUAAUAUCCAUAGAAGGAAAAGAUGAGAAAAAAAAAUACAUUAAAAAAUCCAAAGAAUCUUCUGUUUGAUUACUAAUUUUUAACUUAUUCAUGAUGAAGUAAUAAUAGAUAAAAUUUUGCCAUGAAUAGCAUUUUACAAAAACAGGUAUUUUCUUGGUGAAACAAGAAGACGCAAGCGAGAUACGUGAUAUAAAUAAAUAGUAUGUACAAGAAUCAAUUAAUAUUCAAGAUAAUUCGAGAGUGCUGUGUUUAAAAAAAAAAAACAUGAGAACAUGAGAAUCCAUUGUAACAAGAGUGAAACUGGUUUCUAGUCUUUUGAUAUAGCUACUAUGUAUGAAAAAUAUGCCUGUCAAAGACUAUCGCACACGACUAAAUAAAAUCUGAAUGUGCUCAAAACGUUAAA